GUGCCGUCCGCUUUGCCGUCGCCGUUUGGCGUUUUCCGUUUUCAGUUUUUGUUUGACGUUCGCGAAGCGCUGCAAACGCACGCAAAACGGGAAUACAAACGCUCCGCCACGCUAACGCCAAUGUCGAUUUAGCGUUUACCGUUAGGUCAGCUGAUUCCGCCGCGCAAAGAAUAGCCGCAGAUCACCAGCAACCUGGAAAAUACGAAAUUCAAUUUUUUUGCAAGUGAUUCGAAGCAACAGCAGCAACAGCACAAGAAUACGAAUAAGAAGCAUUCAAAGCAAGCAACAAAACAAAGGAAAUUUGAAAAAGUGAAGUGAUUGGAAUAAGGAGUAAAUUACAAGAAGAGAAGCAUAAUAUACACAACGACUAAAUGCUACAAAUCGCAAAAUAACGGCGUUUCGCGCUUUGUUUUUGUUUUUACUGAAAUUGCCGCCGGCACACACGUGGUGCUAUCUCGCUUUCCUCGCCCCCUCCGCUCCGAAACCGCUCCACUCGCUCUCUGUUGAUGCGCGCUUACCGUUAAGUGUGCAAGUGCGGAUCCCCGCGUUCUCUCUCUUCCUUCGCUGUCUCCUCUUCUCGCUCUCACACACUCCCACGCGCUCGUGCCCCUACCACGCACACACCUACACAUUACUGAGGCUCAGACACACGCACACAGACCCCAUAACAUACGCACCGUUAUUUUUGGAGACUUAACCCACUGACGGCCCUUCAAAAAAAAGAAAGAAAAAGGAAGAAGCCGAAAAAAGGUCGCAAAGGCGCCCAAAACUUAACCCCCCUGACAAAAAAGCGUAAAAGAACUCCAUAUAUAAUAUCCCCCGGCAUCAAAAUAUUCGACAACAAAAUUCUCACCGAGGCCUCGAAAGCGCCCCUGAGGGCCGUCGCACUGGCGUCAUUUCUGGGCGACGGGUUCGCCGCCCUCGGUAGCCGCGCCCCCCCGCCCAAGGACCAUCUGAUGGCGUUUGGGGCGGUACUGCACACCAGCCAGCACAAUAUCGGUCGCAGUGAACCGCCUGUUGGCGUGGGCGAUCCCUGUGCCGGUUGCAAUAAGCCCAUCCUGGACAAGUUCCUGCUGAAUGUCCUGGAACGCGCCUGGCAUGCCUCCUGCGUACGCUGCUGUGAAUGCCUUCAACCGCUAACCGACAAAUGCUUUAGCCGCGAAUCGAAGCUCUACUGUCGCAACGAUUUCUUCAGACGUUAUGGCACCAAGUGCAGUGGCUGUGGCCAGGGUAUUGCGCCGUCGGAUCUAGUGCGAAAGCCCAGGGACAAGGUAUUCCAUCUAAAUUGCUUCACCUGCUGCAUAUGCCGCAAGCAGCUGAGCACAGGUGAGCAGCUUUAUGUGCUGGACGACAAUAAGUUCAUCUGCAAGGACGACUAUCUGUUGGGCAAGGCGCCAUCCUGCGGCCAAAAUUCGCUGAGCGAUUCAUUAAUGGGCUCGGCGAGCGAAGACGAUGACGAUGACGAUCCGCCGCAUUUAAGGGCCACGGCCCUUGGCUUGGGCGUUUUGGGGCCCAAUGGACCCGACUCAGCGGGCGGACCUUUGGGCACAUCGGAUAUAUCAGUACAAAGCAUGAGCACCGAUAGCAAAAAUACCCAUGACGAUUCGGAUCAGGGCUCCUUGGAUGGCGAUCCGGAUGGACGCGGCGAUUCCCAGGCGGAGAACAAAAGUCCCGACGAUGCCAAUGGUUCAAAGCGACGCGGUCCGCGCACCACCAUCAAGGCCAAGCAGCUGGAGGUGCUCAAGACGGCCUUCAAUCAGACGCCGAAGCCGACACGGCACAUCAGGGAGCAACUGGCCAAGGAGACGGGUCUGCCCAUGCGCGUUAUACAGGUGUGGUUCCAAAACAAACGAUCGAAGGAGCGACGCAUGAAGCAAAUCACCAGUAUGGGUCGUCCUCCUUUCUUUGGUGGCGCCCGCAAAAUGCGUGGCUUCCCCAUGAACUUAUCACCCGGCGGCCUGGACGAUGGACCCGGUUUCCCCUAUUUUGCGGCGGAUGCCAAGUUUGAGUUCGGUUACGGUGGACCCUUUCACCCGCACGAUGGUCCCUACUUUCCCGGACAUCCUGGAGGACCCAUGCCAUUCAAUGCGCCAGGCGGCCCCAUGGACCACAGCGGCCCCAUUCCGAUGGUUAACGAAUUCGGACUGACGCCCGAAUCGACGUUCCUGGGCCAGGCGGGUGCUCCGCCAAUGCAACUGCAGUCCGCCGUCGGCGUUGGCGUUGGUGUUGGAGUUGGACCGCCGCCGCCUCCGCCACCGCCGAGUGCCGAGCAUCUUAUGGCCGCUGCCGCAGCGGCGCAGCAACAGGCGGCGGCGCAGCAGCAGCAGCAGAAUGCGCAACAAGCGGCGAAUCAAACGCAACAGCAACAGCAGCAACAACAACAGCAGCAGCAGCAGCAACAACAAAAUGGCCCCCGAACCAAUUCGCCGGAGUUCAUGAGUUCGGCGAAUUUCAGCGAACCGCAGAAUAUGCAAAAUGAAGGGCUCGUUUGGUAAUAUACGAAACAGUUGGCAACGCGGCUGAGAGGGCUGCUGCGAGUGAGCGAGGAGUAGAGAGAGCGGCGGCGGCGGUGAAGGAAGAAAAAACCCGCCCCCACGAAGGCCGCAACCACUAUGGCCGUCUCGCUCUGUUUGCCGACUCGGCCAACUGGAGAGCAGCUGAGAGCGAGACAGAGUCACAAGAAGCGCCGGCGAGAGAGGCCCCAAAAGAGAGAGAGACCGAAAGAGAGAUGGGGGAUACUUGGAGUCGUUUGGCUGGCGCUGCUCUCUCAGCCGCUCAGCUGCUGCUGCUGCGUUUUGUUUUUGUUAUACUUUAUUAUUAUUAUAAUAACUGUGCUAUUUUUUUUUUUGUAUUUCAAAUUCGGCGCCAAAAUAUUUGUAAAUUAUAAAAUACCUAAAGGAAAAACACAAAAUAGACAAAGAAAAGCUCUCUAAAUGUAAAAAAAAACACUAAAAACGCUAAAAAGCAUAUGAAUGGGCGCUGCACAUAGUAAACAAUUUUUUUUUAAUAAAAAAAAAAAAAACAAAUGAAAAAACAACUCUUACACAAAAGUAAAAAAAAAGAAAACACUAAAAGAAUUAAACCACUAAACGUCUUGUCUGUAAUUUAUAAACAAAACAAAAAACUAUUUAUGUGUAUCAGUGUAUAAAUACUACUAAAAAAAAAGCAAAAAACUUAAAAAAAAAAAACUAAAAAUCUGUAGCCACAAAAAAAUCUCCAUAAAGAUUAUAUAUAUAUAUAUUUUUUUUUUUUUGUACAUUAGCACAUUUUAUUCGUAACUCUAAAAUUGUUUUCUAUUUUUUGCCUGCAUUUUUUUUAACGACACCUUUUUUAUAUUAUUAUAAAAUAUGGAUAUAAAUAUAUAUAUUAUAUAAUCGUUGUCUAACAACAUAAACGUAACUAGGCAUGUACUUGUGUAGUUUCACCUAGAUUCUAAGUCUAUAUAAAUACCAGAUAUAUACAUAAAUAUAUAUAUACAAGCAGCUAUAAAAAACGGCACACACACGUACACGGAAAUAUAAAAAACAGAACAGUAAAGAGAAAACUAAGCGGGGAAACCUAAAAAAACCGAAAAAAACACAUAGCAAACUAAACUAAACUAUUUUUUUUUUUUUUUUUUGUGGUCUUAGCGAGUAAGCGAACGUAAUUUAUUAUAAACAAAUGAAGUGAGGAGGAGGCGGAGGCGGAGGAGAAGGAGAACGGGAUGCUCGAGGAGAAGAAACUAAAUGUAAACCUAGAAAAGGAUGACACCUAAACACAAUUCGACAUAUACACUAGCGAUAUGUAUAUGUAUAUGGGCAUAACUAUAUGAAUUUCCAAUUAUAAUGAUAUAGCAAGCGAUAUGAGAGAUAAAGAAACAAAAAAUAAAAAAAGAAAACAUUAAAAAACAAGGAGAAUAAAAGCAAAAAAUACAAGAAAAUCCCCCAAGCUAACAAUUUUGCGUUUUUAAUUGAUAUUAUUAUUAUGGAUUAUUAUUAUUAUUAUUAAUUAUUGUAAAAAGUAUUUAGUGUUAGCAUAAUGCGUAAGUUUAUUAACAACAACUAAAUGAAGAAGCCCCAAAAAACAACACACAGACAACUAAAUCCCUAUAUUCAUCAAGCGAUAAACAAAAACAAUAUAAUAAAAUGUGCAAAGAGCAUAAACAAAAGUGAAUUAUAAUAAUAAAUAAAAAUAAAGAAUGGGCAAGGUAUUCGCAAAAGUUAGCAAACGAGAGAAGGCAAGAGUGGUGAGGAGAGGAGAGGCGGGAAAAUCAAUAAUAAAUAAAAACAAAUUGUUAACAAAAACCUAAAAUAUAUAAAAACAAAAAAAUGCAACAUGAACCAGACGAUGAUGAAGAGCAACAAACAAAAAUGGAAAUGAAAGAAACA